GCUAAUCGCAUGCUCCAGAUCCGUCGGCCGACACAAUAAAAAUUUCUUCAUUCACUAAAUAAAAUGGCAGAAAACGAUGCGAAAUCAGCACCAGUCAAGUCUAGAAAGGAGCGUAGAAUGCAAUGGUGGGGUGAGCAUCAGGCGAAUCAACAGAAUGAAGAGGACAAUUCAGCAGAAUCUACUGACAAGACAGUCAAGCCCCCUGUAGAAGCUGAAAGUGCGGAUACCACAGAGACAAAAGGGAAGAAAUCUGGAAAGAAAGCAAAGUUUUAUGUGCUCUUUGUUGGUCAGAUUCCAUACAGUGCUACGACAGAAGAUGUCACCAAGCACUUCUCUACAGCUGGUGAAUUGAAGUCUGUAAGGUUAGCCACUCACAAGGACACUGGCAAGUCUCGAGGAUUUGGCUACAUUGAAUUCAAGAACAACAAAUCAUACAUGAGAGGGUUGGCAAUGCAUCUGAGCAUGCUCCAUGGAAGACCAAUCAAUGUAGAGAUCACUUCCCCCGGUCGCGGCACAAGUCUCAUCAGGAAGGAGAACCUCAAGCGCAAGAACGUGGAGAUGGCUCGCUUUCGUGGAAUCAUUGAAGGGGAUGCCGCAGGGGGCGCCAUGUGUAUUCCAGCCUCAAAGCCCCACCCCGGCGGCAACAAGAAACAAAAGUUCAACAAAGGCAGGAGGUGACCCUUGGAUGGAGAUCGUCAUC